AUGAACGGUGACAUACCCACAACAAAUGAUUCUAAUACCAAUACCGUACCUAAAAAUGACAAUUUUAUAUUAGACAUCAUAGUUUCUGAUCCCCAAAGACAAAGAGAUGAAAGCGGCUCAUUUGUUAACUACCAGGUGUCUACCAAAUCAAAUAUUCCAUCUUAUCAUGAAAAUUACUUUGAUAAAACCAGAUUUAAAAAUAAACAAGAUUUUCUAAACAACAUUUUAGUGGUUCAUAGAAGGUAUAGUGAUUUUUUGCUUUUACAUACCAUUUUGGUAAACGAUUAUCCCUCAUGUAUAGCUCCGCCCAUUCCUGAUAAAAAAGUGUUACAGUAUAUCUCAGGUGAUAGAUUUAGCCCCAGUUUUACUGAAAAAAGGUGCCACAGUUUACAGAAUUUCUUGCAAAAAUUGGCAUUGCAUCCAACAUACUCAAGAUCUAAAGUGUUGGAAACUUUUUUAGUCAGCGGAUCUGAUUGGGACAUUUAUAGAAAAAGUAUUACUGUAACCAACACAGGUGGCGUAAAUGUUGGUAUAACUGGUAACAGCGGGAUUAAAAAUGAAGAUGUGAGUGACGUGUUAAUGAAUGCCUUUAAACAUGUACGUAACCAAAGCGAAGAAUUCGUUGAAAUUAAGGAGAAAAGUGAAAAAUUGGAAUAUAAUAUACACAAAAUAGAUAAAGUGACCCAUAGAGUUGUUAAAUCACAAGAUUCUCUAACAGAAGAUUAUAAUAAGUUAAAUUUGGGGUUGGAAAAUUUAAAAGAGUUAAUAUCCAAGGAAGAACAUAUUGAAAAUAGCCGUGAAUUGCUAGAGAAACUAAAAAUAUUCAAUAAUGGUAUCUUAAAAAUGACUUAUUCGUUACGAGACCUGUCUAAAUAUUAUGAUUAUGAGUAUUUAGUAGACUUGCGGGACAUGGAACAUUAUGUGGAUAGUUUAAAGCAGUUGCUUAAAUUAAAGGAUCAAAAGCAAAUAGAUUACGAGGAAUUAAACGAUUACUUGACCAAAGCCAUAAAUGAGAAAAAUAAUUUAAUAUCGGGUUACGGUGGCAACUUUUUUACAAAUAAACUAGAAGAAAUUGCUGGUAUUAACCAAGAAGCCUCAAGACGAGAGAAAAUCGCCAAACUGGAGACAAAAAUAAAUACUCUAACAUCUGAAGUAGAUGAUGCGAAAAAGAUUGCGGAUAAUUUUGAACAAGAAGCUUUGCUAGAAGUCGGUGUUUUUGAGCAAAUUAAAAAUGAAACAUUGAAGAAAUCGUUAGGAAAUUUGGCUGAUAAUCAAAUAGAGUAUUAUGAAAGAUUGUAUCAAACCUGGUCAGAAAUUGAAAAUAAACUAUAA